AUGUCAGAAGGAACAGAGGGAAGGUCGACCUCGAAAGAUGCUGACUUUGUAUUGACACACGUACUGCGAGGUCAUACGUCGGAUGUUCGAUCAAUAGCAACCACGCUCGACCAACUCUCGCAUCGUGAAGCGCUGCUUUCUGGCUCGCGAGACGAAACUGCAACCUACUGGUCCCGACCUUGCGCUGCUCCAUCCGAUUUACCAGCAGCCUGCUUCGACAAGGGGGCGACAUUUCUCGGCCAACGCUUCUGUAAUGCUGUCGACUUUGUUCGAUCUGCUCCUUUGUUUGGGCUGCCAAGAGGGCAGAUUUUGAUGGGAGGCCUCGAUUCGCAGAUCCGUUGCUUCGACCCUCUUCGCUCAGACAAGCCCCUGCAGGUGCUCUCGGACCACUGGGACAACGUCUCGGUCUUGUCAUCGUAUACAGGCAGCUCGGAACAAGCAGAGGCAGCGAGUGACUCGCUACCCCUCUUUAUCUCAGCCAGCUGGGACAAGACUGCCCGAGUUUGGCUCUGGGACCCUGUAGAUGCCAAGUGGAUCUCCAAGUAUGUGCUUCGCGGCCAUGACGAGGCGGUAUGGGGAGUACAGAUCGUCGAGCCUCCAUCCUCGGCUGGGGCGGCAGAACUGUCUCAACAGGGCAGAUACCUAACCUCCUCCGCAGACCUUUUCAUUCGCCUCUUUAAUGGUGAACAGCUCACCGCCGUCUAUGCCGGGCACACAGACGUCGUUCGCUCUUUGAAACUGCUACCGACGUUACCCGCAUCAGCCGUUGCUGGGCUGGAAGCAUCCACGUCGACUAGCGACAAUCCGACCUACUACCCCAACGAGCUGCUGUUUGCUUCUACUUCCAACGACGGUACAGUUCGCAUUUGGUCUCUCGAUGCCCGUCGCAGUCCAACCCGCGGUAAUGGCGGCGAGGCACUGCGUGUUCUCCGCGGUCACACCAGUCUGGUGUACGACGUAGCUGCUUGCAUCCAACACGAGACUAGCAGCCCAAGACUCGUCAGCAGCGGCGAAGACGGCACCUUCCGCGUAUGGGACUGGGUAUCGGGCGAGCUCUUGCAGACGGUAGCUGUGCCCGUCAUCUCGGUCUGGUCGAUAGCUGUUCUCCCUGAAUCGGAGGACGUCGUCGUCGGUUGCAGUGAUGGCCUCGUCCGUGUCUACUCGCAGCAUCCGGGCUCCACUGCACCCUCCUCAGACAGCAACUUCACGGGAGCACUUCUGUCCGACAGGGAGGCAGCCAUCGAAGCACAGAAAGCGCACGAAGUCCAGCAACGUCAUACACUUGCGGUCCAAGCUAAACAAGCUUCACCGAGCUCUGUCGGAGAAGGUGGUGAAGCUGCGCAAGGCGAUGGUGAGGUGUAUCAAGGCCAGCGAUACGACUUUGUACUUCGAAUCGACGUCUCGGACGAUGCCGAGCCGCUACCCCUACCCAUCAAUCGGGGCGAUGACAGAAGGAAGGUCGCAACCGAGUUUGUCGCCCUUCAUCAGCUUCCUGAUUCCUACGUUGAUAGGAUCGUCGACUUUGCCGAUCUGGUUCUUGGCUGA